GAAUAUGUCGUUAAUUAUAUUUGAAUACGUCUUAUGUAUGAGAUACUUUUGCAAUUCUACUUAUUAUUAUUUGCUCAUUCAUUUAUAAGCGGCGGGCAAGUUUUGUAUUCUCGUCAGUGACGUAACCGGUUACUAUGACAGCCUAACGUCAUGACGUCUCCGGGGGUUGAAAAAAAAAAGUUGAAGGGAGAGGAAGAGGAAAAAAAAGAAGAAAGAAAGCCGUCUCCAGGGAAACGGAAAGUGUCAACAGCAACGGUCCGAGCCUCUGGUAUUUAACUGCCGUUUUUGACUUCACUUCUUUCGCGUGUGUGUUUUUAUUUUUCAGUUUUUUGCAGAAUGGAGAGUUUGGGAGUAUCAUCUGCUCAGAACCUUCAGGCUCUGUCUGCUCUGCUGUCAACUCAGCAGGACGACGAUGACGACGAUGAUGAAGGAGACAGAAGAAGAAAUGGGACGACCACUGCACAGCUGGGUCCUGGACACAUCGGUUCCCCACCCAAGAAAGACAAAGAGGUGACAACUGUCUAUGUGAAGAAGAACAGCAAAGACAUCUGGAGCGAGGACGAAGUGGCAGAAGCUUCUCACUAUGACGAUGAGAGCGACCCGCGGCCACAGCCUGAGUAUGAAAUCCUCCUGAAGCAGAGUGUGGGGACAGAGGACAUGUUCCUGGGCUUGAGUGGAAAGGAUCCGUCCUCCAUGUGCUGUGAUGCCAUGCUGGUGAAAAUCAAACUGCCUGAUACUAAAGCAGCAGAUGUGGUCCUGGACGUGAAAGAGAAGUUCCUUGAUCUUCGGACGUCAAAGCAUAAACUGGGUCUCCAUCUCCCGUGUGCCGUCCACAGCCACGAGGGCAAGGCUCAGUUCUUCAGCGAGCGAGAGGAACUGGAGGUGACGCUGUUCCUCAAACGCUCCGCGGAUUUUAUCAACGUGCAGUGAGAAGGAAUAUAAAAACAAGUUGCCCCACAAGUUUUCGGAAGAGACAAGUACAGAUGUGACACCAGAUCACAUCUGAUCAAGACCGUAUAUUUCCUUAAAUGAACGUGUAAAUGUGUCAACACUGAUUCUGUGAUUGUAAGCAGUGGUUUUCUAAUAAAUAUUUGUCAUAACUA